AUGGCCCCCCAAAAUAUCGUCGUCGUCGGUGCAACCGGCCAGCAAGGUGGUGCCGUAGUCAAGUCACUGCUCGACCUUCCCGAGAGCUCAUCACGCUUUCGCAUCCUCGCCCUCACCCGCAAUGCUCAAUCCGAACGUGCCAGGCACCUUGUAUCAGAGCACAAUGGCACAGUCUCGCUCAUUGAAGGCGACAAUGCGGAUCCCGGUCCCAUCUUUGCGUCCCAGCCCGAGGGCUCCAUCGACAGCAUCUUCAUCGUCACCGUUCCCGGCCAAAAGACACCAGAAGAGCAACAAGCGAUCCCGCUCAUCGACGCCGCCGUCGCCCACGGCGUAAAGCACAUCGUCUUCAGCUCCGUCGACCGCGGCGGCGACGAGAAGAGCUGGACCAACCCGACCACCAUCAAGCACUUCCUCGCCAAGCACAACAUCGAGCUCUACCUGCGCGACAAGGCCGACAAGGAAGCCGGCGGCAAGUUCACCUGGACCAUCCUCCGCCCCGUCUGCUUCAUGGACAACAUGAAACCCGGGCAUGCUGUGCUACAUGUUCACGGCCAUGUGGGACGCCGCGCUGAAGCCCGACACCAAGCUCCAGCUGGUCGGCGUCAGGGAUAUCGGCGUGUUUGGUACCAAGGCCUUGAGCGACCCCGCGAAGUGGUCGGGCAGGGCCGUCAGCCUGGCCGGCGAUGA